AUGCGUGGAUGGCUCUUCAUACCAGUUUUGCUUCGCAGUCUCAAGCGUGGGCACGCCAUCCGCACUGCGCUUGGGGAGGUGAAGCUUCAUGAUCUCGCCGUCACCGACUACUUCAACAAAGUGCCGGGUAUGACUGACACACUUCUCUCCAUUGGCAAGGCGCUUGGUCCGAAGGAGUUCACCUCUUAUGUGCUCAACGGACUGAGUGACGACUAUGAUAAUUUGGUGGAGAAUAUCAAUGGUCAUGACACUCCCAUCAAGCCUGUGAGUUGUAUGCGCGUCUCCUCGCUAUGGCACAGCGCAUCCAGGCUCGCUGCUCUAUGCCGUGUUUCCCUUCCACCAAUGCUGCAACGCGUGGGAAGGGCAAGCCCUACAAGCCACCAACUGGUGGAAAACCUCCACCGACCGUGCCUAGUUCGUGGAACACCACUACCUCCACGGCAGGUCGAGUCCAUGUCUGCCGCCCUUCAGUUGUGUGGACUUGAUGGUCACCUUGCCUCCCGUUGUCAUCGUCGCUUCAAGCAGGAUUUCUUGGGGAUCAGGAAAAAUGGCAAGGGUAGUGAGAAGCAGGCUGUCCUAGCGAGUCAUGAGCAGGGGCAUAAUCCUUCUUAUCUAGUUGAUGCAUCUUCGUACAUGGAUACGGGAGCUACCAAUCACCUGAUGAUUGAGAUGGGCCAGCUCUCUACACAGGAGCCGUACCGUGGACACGAUCUGGUUCACUCCGCUAAUGGGGAAGUCACCUCCACCACUCCCACUUCACCUGAGACAUCUGCUUUACCUUUGCCUGGUCAAUUUGUUGAUGCUGCAUAUACGCUGUUGUUGCUACCUAACCAUGGUGCAGGGCUUGUAAGCAAUGACAUCCAUUAUAUUUGGAACCAUGGCCCCAAGUUUGGUGGGGGAUUUGAUUGUCGGUACUGCCCCCUAAUCACUAGAGGAGGAGGUGCAACCUGCUUUAGGGAGCACCUUGGAGGUAUACUAGGUGAAGUGAGGGAGUGCCCCAAUGUUCCAAGAAAUGUGCGUGCUGCAAUGAGAGACUCCCGGGAUGACGCAAGGCGGAAGAAGAGGGAAAAGACAAAUCGUAAACUCCGCUUGGAACGGGAUAUCAUGGAAGGGUUGUACCAUGGAGAAGGGGUGAUAAAUAUUGAAGAAGAUGAUGAUGAACAGAUUCAGGCCGCACUUCGGGAGUCCCUAAGAGACAAGAAUGUCUCUCGUGCAGUUGAGAGGAGGCGUGGGAGUGGGAGUGGUGUUCGUGUGUCGCUUGGGAAACAAAGUAUCACAACAUACUUUGACAAGGAAUUAUCGAGCAACACAGUAUCAAUGCAACCAAAGAUCAGUAGUGCUUUGAUUGUUGAGUCAGAAGAUGUACUUGGCCAAGCCUGGGCAAUGUUCUUUCAUGCUAAUUACAUUAUUGGUCUGAAAGCAAAUUGUCCCUAUUUUCGUGCGGCAGUCAAGAUAUCUCAAAACCUUGUCCCAGCUCCUGUUCCAACUGCUAAGGAGAUUGAUGGGAUUUAUUUGGAGAAAAAUUAUGAAGAAGCUGAAUAGUGGCUGAACAUGUUCUAGCAAGACUAGAGGAACUAUGGUGUAACUGUGAUGCGUGACUCAUGGACAAGGCCUACUGGUAUGUGUCUCAUCAAUUUCAUGGUGUAUUGCAAUGCACGGAUGUUCUUUCAUAAAUCCAUUGAUGCUUUCGGUCAAACUCAGAAUUCAGCACUUACAGGGAAUGCCGUGGGAGGUUUGGCCAAUGGUUGGCACAUUCUUUUGCAGAGAAAAUGUUGCCAACUGAGUGGUGGUUCCAAUUUGGACAGGAAGUUCCCAAUCUAUAGAAGUGUGCCUUGA